CCUCCCACAGGAACACGUGAUCCGUGUCGUCACGACUCAGUUAUUAGUUUCACUUUCUCCUGUCUCAAAACGCAUCGAAACAGGUACAUAAAAACGGACAAACUCGAAGCUCUUUCUCCAAAGACUGGAACAAUGUCGACUCUACUACAUGAAAUAGGAAGCUACGACGCAUGCGCAGCUUCUAAACUGAAAAAGGCAGGUUUCCAAACUGACUCAGAGAUCCAGACUCUGACCCUGGAAGACCUGCAUGAACUGUUUCCUGGACUGGAGAAACUAAAGCUGAGAAACACAAUCUUUAAAAUAAUUCAUAAACAGAUGCAAAUUGAUCCGUUCCUGGAAAAACUUGGAGAUGUUUCCCAACGAGACUCUCUCAGAGGUGAUGUGAUAAAGGAGUGCCUUAACAGGAUAAAGAACAUAAAAGAACAGCUGGAUGAGAAGCAGACUGUCCUUAAAUUUCACAAUGAUUUUCCAAAGGACAUCUGCAAAAGUCUGGAUUCUGAAAAAGCUUUACAAAUGGAACCAGGUCAACUUUGUUUGAAGGAACCGGAACGUUAUGAAGCAGGCGCAGCUUCUGUAGAGAUAAGUACAGAGGUGGAUUUCCAGACUGACUCUGUGGUCCAGAUUCUGUAUCGAGAAGAUCUGCAAGAACUGUUUCCUGGACCAGAAUAUCUAAAGCUGAGAAGGACCAUCUUUCAAAUAAUUCAUAAUCAGACGCCAGCACAUCUGCUCCUGGAAGAACUUAAAGGUUUUACCCAACAAAACUCUUUCAACGAUGUUCUAACAGCCAAAUGUCUUGAUCCAGACGUUCCUGUAGCCAGAUACCUUGAAAGGAUAAAGAACACAAAACAGCAGUUGGAUGAGAUGCAGAUUAUCCUUGAAGCUCAUAAUAAUAUGCGAAACGAUAGAAGCAAAAGUCUGGAUUCUGGAAAAGAAAAAGGAGAUGACUUCAGCUUUAUCCAUUCCUUUUCUUCUUGGUACAUUGGUCUCUCACAGAAAACCCAAGAUUCUUCAUCAGACACCAAUGCUCCCCUAACAACCAAUGAGAAGAAAAGUGACUCAAAUGAUAAGAAGAGAGUAGUGAGGUUCAAGGUGGAGGUCAGCGGUGAAACUUUUGGUGCUGAUCAACAACUUUUGGAUGAAAUAAAGACUCCAGACUUGAAAUGGAUAGAGGGGGAAGAACACGACAUCACCAUUGUUUUCUGUCCUGUUACAUCUCAAGUAGGAACAGAUGCUGCAUCAGCCAUGAGGAAAGUUCCAGAUGGUGAUCCUGCCAUUCUGGUCUUGAUGCAUUACUCCCAAGAGCCCAAACACUCGUCCUCUACUAAAGUCUUAUCUAGUAACCCUAAUGUUGUCCUGGAGGUCAAUAUUUUCUACCACAAAAAAAAGAAGGGUUUAUUGAAGUGCAGACAAAAUGAAAAUGCUGUCAUUGAGUUGAAGGAAGAACUAAAGAAGUACAGCAGACCACAGCGUUCUGGGUUUAACUAUUGAAAUCACAGCAACAGUGGUCCUUCUCUUAGUAAAGUCUGAUGGGUUGCUAGCUUCUGUAAGGCUGUUAAUUGUUGUAACAAGGUAGAGUUAUGAAAAAUUAGUUUAAUGAAACGUUUUAAUAAACUACACAGACAGCUUUUAUAUCAAAAUGUUGUGUAUGUCCACAUUUACAUUUUAUUAACAAUGAAGUAUCUUAUUGUAUGUUGCAGAGAAGUUAGAGCUCAUUUAAACAAGAAUGUGAUGUGGGAAAACAAUAAAGGUCCUUCCUAUAUUCAAUCAGUAAUGGUUUAUAAUCUCUGUGCUUAUCAACAAUAAAAUUGACUUCCAUUAA